AUGACGUCAUAGUUUCCGCGACAUUUUGACAACAGAAACGUCAUUGUUCGGAGACGGUGGGUGUUUGGAGAGAAGGUAACAUCAUGGCGUCGGGAACAGGAGAGCCGUCCAGCGGACACGAUGCAGAACUGGACGAAUUACUGGACAGUGCGUUGGAUGACUUUGACAAGACACCCCCCCCUCCAGCCCCCGAACCUGCUGCUGCUUCCUCCUCAGCCAACAGCGGUGCAGAGAAGCCACCCCUGCUUGAAGACUGCAAACUCUUUGAGACUCUCUUCGAGGGGGACAUGGCGACCCAAGCCAAGGAGGAGUGGGAGAAGGCCAUGACUGAGCUGGCCCAGGAGGAGCCCGAAUUACUGCAGCACUUCCAUAAACUGUCAGAGGCUGCAGGCAAAGUUGGCACUGACACCGCCUCCCAACAAGAAUUCACUUCCUGUCUUAAGCAAACCCUUCAUGGCCUGGCCAAAAAUGCAGACAACCUGCAGUCCUCAGGACUCGCUGGAGACGACCUCGUCAAGGCUCUAGAAGGCCUGGGAUUGGAAGAGGGUGGCGAAGGAGGCGGUGAUGACGGAAACAUCCUGCCCAUCAUGCAGUCCAUCAUGCAGAAUCUCCUCUCUAAGGAAGUGCUUUAUCCAUCUCUCAAAGAGAUCACUGCUAAGUACCCAGAAUGGUUGGAUGCCAACAAGCCCAGCCUGAGCCCAGAGGACUACCAGCGCUAUGAGCAGCAGGCCAAAAUCAUGGGAGAGAUCUGUAAGCAGUUUGAGAGGGAGGAGCAGGGGGCAGAUAAAGAAGGCACCUUCGAGGGCAUCAUGGACCUGAUGCAAAAGCUGCAAGACCUGGGCCAACCACCCAAAGAGUUAGCAGGUGAUGCGCCUCCAGGCUUUAACUUUGACAUGGAGUCCCUCAAUCUCCCAGGAGGCCCUGGGGCGGGGGCGGCAGAGCAGUGCUCCAUCAUGUGAUGAGGUAGCGGUGCGGUCCAUCAGAAGCACCACUGAAGCCAGAGGGUCACUCUGUGUGCGUCAGCGACAGGCAGGGAGUGAAGGAGUGUGAAGCAAAGGUUAGGCAGGAGAGUGACCAGACCGUCGACACCGUUCUCUCCUUCAAGUAGAAGGUGUGUGUGUGGACGCAGAAACAACAGGAAGGAAGCACGAAAACCAACAGGAGCCACACACACAAACACACACACCAAAACACACUCUCUUCUGUCUAAAAUCACUGAACGCACAACUGAGAACAUUUUAACAUCUCUGCAUUAGUUUGACAGCGGUUGCCUGCAGCUCCUUCACGGUUUAGUUUUAACAGCAUUCCUUUAAAAAGAAAAACACCACUGCCGCUUAUCAUGUUGUUUUUACAAUACUGUUUAGCCUCAUGGUCAAAUUUAUCAAACCACUUCACGGGUAUAAACGGUGCCUUUUGCAAAAUGACUUUAAAUUAUUGUUUUAGGUCUUUGGAUUUUGCUAUCAUUCAGCUAAGCACUUAAGAUUAUAGUUUUAGAAUGGUGUGAAUUUUGCAAUAUAAUCUCAUUUUUACACCAAGUCGGUGGUAAUUCUUUGGUACUUCAUCAAACACACACCUCUGUUUCUGUACAGACUGUAGAGGAUGUAACUUAACGAGUUAAUUACUUACAUGUAAGGAAAACUGGACAAAGUAGUGUACAUUUGUUAAUUAUUUAAAUAAUUAAAAAGAAUAGAGAGGAUUGAAGAUGAGAAGUUCCCAGAGCCUACUGUAAUUCAGCCAACUAAUUUAAUUAAAUAAGACUAUUCCCCCCCCAAAUAUUAUCCCCUAUUCCCUGGUAUUGAUUUGAAGUGAUUGAGAUGAUGAUUCCCGUAUGCCUUUGCUGUGGUUACAGUGAUCGUUAUAGUGUAGAGUUACUGUGCAAAGAGUUCCCCUUGUGAUUCACAGUGUCUAUAAUGUGCAGAGUGAUGUUUUCUUUGGUAUGGGGUACGUGCCAGAAAAGAAAAACACUUGAGGGGUAUUUAGGAGUUUUGACCACCUGAUGGCAUAUAUUGUGUACCCUCCAUUAAAAGUACAUCAUGCUCUUUCCAGAAAAGGUGACGAGCAGAGUGCUAAACAUCAUGUUGUGUCACGCGAGGAGAGAAACAUGUCUAUAAUUCAGAUGCACUGUUGGGUAAAACAUCAACAGCCUGAUGACAUGUUGGCUGUGCCAACGGUGGGUUUGUUUACUCCAGCAGCCACUUUUCACCAGCUUCUAUUGCCAGUCGACAAAUUUUGACCAUAGAGAGAGGUCUAGAAGUCACACGACCAUCAGCUCAUCAAUAACGGUAUAAUAAAAGGGGUGCUGUGAAAGGAUUCAGUCAGCCAUGCACUGAAAAGAGACCAGAUGUACAUCAUACGCAGCUGAAGGGAGGCUGCUGUGAUGGUUCAUAAAGGGGGGGUGCAAUCUAUUCAACUCUCAGGGCCGAUGCAACCACGCCCAGAGCACCGUUAAAAAAAACAUCCUGUUAUUUGACACUAUCUUGUUUUGUAAAUAUAUGAAAUAAAAUAACGGUAUCAUGCAAAUUA